GCUGAGACUAUAUUGAGGCAAUUCCGGCGGCUAAUGUGUCCUCGAAUUCAUGACUUGUGCUUAGAGCGGGUAUCUCGCUGGGUUCAUUGACCCCGGCCCAUUCAUAAAUCGGGGCUCCGGCACCAAUUGCUACAAUUUAGCUCGAAGCGGAAGUGAAUGUGAUACAUUGUAUCCAAGGGACUGGUUGUGCGCGAGAGGCAAGUCUCCCCUGAGCAGCUGCAAGCCGGCAUCUCUGUGCCAAGCCGAUCGAGGUGGGCACGCUCGGAGCUGUCCUACAAUGGGCCGGGUCAACACGGAAGGGCUCAAGGCGAAGAGAGCCACGCCAGGAGUCCGGCAAAGCCAGAGGAUCCGCAGGAAGCAGCACUUUGCCGCGUUGGUCUUGGCCCGAGGAGGCAGCAAGGGGAUCCCGCUGAAGAACAUCAAGAUACUGGCAGGGACACCGCUGUUGGGCUGGGUGCUGAGAGCCGCUUUGGACUCGGAACAGUUUGAUAGUGUAUGGGUAUCAACUGACCAUGAUGACAUUGCAGCAGUAGCCAGGAAAUUUGGAGCACAGGUGCACCGUAGAAGCGCAGAAGUAUCAAAAGAUACGACAAGCUCAUUGGAUACCAUUUUGGAAUUCUUGGAAAGCCACAAAGAAGUACAUGUGGUGGGCCAUCUACAGUGCACAUCUCCCUGUCUCCAUCCACGCCAUCUGAAGGAUGUAGUGAAGAUGUUUAAGGAGGAGCAGUAUGAUUCUGUCUUUUCUGUUGUAAGACACCAUCAUUUUCGCUGGAAGGAGGUUUUGAAAGCAGGGGAGUUAACCCAGCCUUUAAAUCUGAAUCCAGCCAAAAGGCCCCGAAGACAGGACUGGAGAGGAGAACUCUGUGAAAAUGGAUCCUUCUAUUUUGCAACUACAAAGUUAAUUAACACUAACUGUCUCCAGGGCGGUAAAAUAACCUACUAUGAAAUGGAGUCAGAAUACAGUGUUGAUAUCGAUGUAGACAUUGACUGGCCAAUUGCUGAACAGAGAGUAAAGAGAUAUGGUUACUAUGGCAAGAUCGCAGAAAUAAAGCUCCUCGUUUGUAGCCUGGAUGAGCAGCUUGUGGAAUUCCUAAGCUCAAACAAAGGGAAUGCUGAUAUGCUUGGUCUUUCAACCCUUCAAUCGCUGAAGAACAAAAGUGUUUCGGUGGAAUUCCUUCCAAACACCAAUACAUCAAAAUUUGGCAGCAAGAAGCAAAAAGGAGAAUUGAUGGAAAUUGCACAGAGCAAGUUAAGUACUGUGGAAAAUUUAGUGAAUAAGUUGGGCAUCACUUGGAAAAAUGUGGCUUGCUUUGGAAACACUGUGUAUGACCUUGAGUAUCUGAAGAGAGCUGAAGUUCGAGGUGCCACUCGGGAUGCAGCUCCUCCUGUCCUCGAAGUGGCAAAUUACAUCUGUACACAGAAUGGUGCAAUGAAAUCAUGGGAAGAAUUUGCUGAACAUGUGCUGCUGCUCUUGGAAAAACUUGAAAAUAAGUCACCCUAAAAGGAAGACUACAAAAUAGUAAUAUUUAAAUUUUCCCAAUCUAAAAGUCAGGUUUCUCUGCAUUUUGUUUCGUGGGGAUGAAUGUAUUUUAUCUCAUGUUUAAGCCAAUGUCAGUAUGGCAUUCAUCAAGGGCCGUGUAGCAUAAGUGACCACGGUCUUUUAGAUUUUCUGGUCAUAACGACAGUGAAUGACCCGGUCACAGGAAUUCUGCUUCAGCCAGACUUUACUGUUGUCUAGUUGCUUCUUUUAUUGUUGGUCUCUUGCUCCUCUUCAGUUACCCCUUUGGUGAAAGGUAGACGAUAGAGCUUCUGCGUGAAUCACAUGUCUAAAGAACUCCAUGAGCCAUCAUUUGAUGUUAUUAAAGAAUUCCAUUGCUGCCCUUUCCCACUCCCAACCCAGACUCAGAUGUACAACAUGGAAACAGACCCUUUGGUCCAACUCGUCUGUGCUGACUAGAAAUCCUAACCUAAUCUAGUGCUAUUUGCCAGCACUUGGCCCAUAUCCCUUAAACCCUUCCCAUUCAUAUACCCAUCUACAUGCCUGUUAAAUGUUGUAAUUGUACCAGUCUCCAUCACUUCCUCUGGCAGCUCAUUCCAUGUGCACAGCACCUUGUGUGUGAAAAUGGUGCCCGUUAGGUAUUAUUUAAGUUAUUCCCCUUUCACCCUAAACCUGUACCCUCUUGUGCUAGACUCCCCAGGGAAAAGACCUUUGUCUAUUUAUCCUAUCCAUGCCCCUCAUGAUUUUAUAACCCUCUAUAAGGUCACCCCUCAGCCUCCGAUGCUCCAGGAAAAACAGCCCUUGUCUAUUCAGCAUCACGCUAUGGUUAAAGUCCUCCAACGCUGGCAACAUCCUCGUAAAUCAUUUCUGAACCCUUUCACAUUUUACAACUUCCUUCUGAUAGGAAGGAGACCAGAAUGGCAGACAAUAUUCCAAAACCUCUUUCAUAACUAAUUAAUUAAUUUAAGUGCUGCUGAACAGAGUCCGCUUUUGUCGAACAUUUUUAUCUUGCAAUCAUCAGGACCUUUUGCAAAAAUGCCAGUUCAUGGGGAAGAUCAGAGUUUACGUGUGUCUAAGAGAGUUAGUUGCUUGGCAAGCAGACUGUAAUUGGUAGACAAAGUUAAAAAUCACACAACA